CCAAAACGGAAACCAGAUUCAUGGCUUGUUCAAAAUUGGAUCUCGAAGGGCGGCGUUUGGAGCCUGUUCGAGUCUCUUCCUUCUGUCUGUUUCCUUUUCCUCGCUCGCUGUUCCAGGGUCUGGAUUGAGCUCUCCUCACAGGACGACGGUUAGCCGUGAUGUGUUAAAAGUAUCUUCUCUUGUGCACCUCACAAUCUCAAUACUGGGACUCACAGUAGCAUUUCGGCUUUCAUGAUGGCACGCUGUCAUCACAGCGAUUGGCUCAACCUCCGCAUCGAACGAAACGAAGUCAUCUUGUUCAUCUCGGACCGGCUUCAAACGCUUAUCGACGAAUUUCCCAGCCCUGACCUUCAGCAGCCCAGCCUGUUGGUUUUCAUCGGCCAUACCGCCAAAUUGUCAGCCCUUCGAUCCCUCGGUGGAGAGGAGAACAGGCCGAAGUCGGCAGGCAGACGGAAACGUGGCGGCGGAGUACAUCUCCAACGGGGAAAUCGCGAUGUGUUCCGGGACGUCCCCGUGCUUCUAGCAGAUGGCGACCUUCCGUACCGGGACUUAAAAAAAAGGUCCUCGGCCCAAUGCCACGAGACAAGACAGCUGAUGCUUCCUCGCAUCCGGGCAGGGGUCCGAGAUCUGGCUUUAGAAGAUGCCGCUGAUCAUCUCUAUUCCCGUCUCCUGGGCGCCUUUGCCGAUGUCUUUUGCUUCUUUUCCACCGACGUCGGCGGGUUUGGUCCCGUGGUACGUCGACUCGCAUCGUGGCUCGAGCAUGGCAAGCCGUCGACACUACCGAAGACAACAUAUCCACGGGUGGUCGUGGUGAUGGAGGCCACAGACUCCGGAGCGGAAAGCGACAAGGAGGCCAGUGAGGUCCUUCUGGGAGCGCUCAGAGAAGAGACCACCAAAAAUCCCGCAGAGAGGUUAUCGGCUCUCGAAGUGGUAACCGUGCCCCACGGAGGGCACUGCUACCGGCGGCUGGAGGAAUACUUGGUCCGGGUACUGGAUCAAGGUCGAAGGCACAAGCUAGAGGCAAGAAUGCUCUUCUCUGCGAGACAUUUGGCCGCAUUCUUCAAAUAUGCGAGUGACCACUUUGGCAGAACCACAAGGGAGCCGUUCGAUUUCGUCAAAGCGUCGCGUUUGCAAAAUUCUGUCUCGCCCGACCUAGACAUGCACCUGUCCAACUUCCUGAAGCACAUCAAAUCGCCCGAAGAGUUGACGGACUUCGCGGUGCCAAUGAUCGCAUCGAGCCUCCUGCUGGAUCACUACCCUCCCGGCAUGCACGAUGUGUUUCACACCCUAUACAAUGACGCAUGCUACCAGGUGGCCAGAACUGGUGUGCUAGUCCACGACGGUUCGACAAACUUUGUCCUCCCGUCUAGCUUCGUCAAAAUCGUCUCGGAGGAGCUGGAGAAAUGCUUUAAUGACCUCAUACGCGGCACCGGCACGCCAUCCAUGAUGGUACACCGUAAUAAUCUCCAGAGGUUUAAGAAUCGCUGGAAGCGGCUGCUGAGUGACGACCUCUGUUUUGUAUGUUUGCGUCGCCUGCUGGAAACUAAUCUGCCGUGCGGACACGGGGUCUGCGAAAAUUGUGUACGAAUUUUCGGGACGCCGGAUAAGAAUGAUCGGUGGGCGUUCAGCAUUCGGCGCUGUUUCCUCUGCGACAUGGCGCUUCGAGACGUGACGGUAAAAAUAAAGCCCGAUACCGCCGGGGUCAACGUAUUAACCAUCGACGGAGGUGGUAUCAAGGGAGCUAUACCACUACCAUUUUUACAAAUACUGCAGGACAGGAUCGGCCUACAGAUCCCCGUUCAGGAUUACUUCGACGUUGGAUUCGGCACCAGUUCCGGGGGGCUUAUCAUCCUGGCCUUGUUCAUCAAUGGAUGGCCAGUCGAUGAUUGCGCAAAUGUGUUCGAAUCUUUCGCAAGAAGGGCAUUCAAGCCCCGUUGGAUUUCUCACAUACCCAUCGUCUCCCGCAUUCCGAUCCUGUCGCAUAUUCUCUGGUUUCUUGUGUCGUAUUGGGCCGACGGUCUGUACCCAGCUCAUAAUUUGGAAGGUGCGCUGAAGGGAGUUUUCGGCAACGACAUGAGCAUCCUGGAUUACUCGUAUGCAACCGCUAUCGGGGCGAAAGUGGGAAUACCGGUGACCACAGUUCUGGGAACAGACCCUUGCCUCUUCACCAACUAUAAUGGAGCGGGACCGAGGCCGCAGGACUGUGGAUAUCGCAUUAUCCGGUCGCAAGAUGGGCGGAAAAGGAUUCGUUUGUGGGAGAUCGCAAUGAGCGGAUCUGCGGCACCGUGGUACUUUCCAGCAAAGCGCAUUCCGGGGGUAGGAACCUUUCAAGACGGAGCUCUGUGGAGGAACAAUCCCGUCGACCUCCCUCUGUGGGAAAUCCCCGUGGUGUGGCCCCCGACUCGCAGGCCCAAUGUGGUCGUCUCCCUCGGCACCGGGUCCUCAGGACCACGCAUACCAACGUCCCACUCCAGCAGACUGCGUGCGAUCUGGAGAGAGGGCUUCCUGCCACGAUCGUACAGAGCCUUCAUGGAAUUAAUCAACGGUAAAAAAAUCGCCCAAGCGUUCAAGAAUGGACGACGGGCAGAGUUAGAUGGGCGGUACUUCCGAUUCGACGUUGAACUGGACAGAGAGGUCGACUUGGAUGAUACAGGCAGGAUGCACGAGCUGGCAACAAAAGCUCGGGAACAGUUCUGUCGGUCGGAGGAUGUCGAUGUCGUCGCGCGUUGCCUCGUUGCGACGCGUUUCUACUUUGAACUCGACUUAAAGCCGAAGAAGAUUAAGGGGAAGUAUUCUGGAUCGGGCCAUAUCUUCUGUCGUUUGCCUCGAAAUAGUCCCGAGCUCGAGGUGCUGCUGGAACAGUUGUCUAAACGGGCGGCGCGAUUUAUCGUGAACGGCCAUGGGCUUCCCGGGUCGGUCGGCGAUCGGUCGUUCAUCGACCACCAAGGAACCUUUCGUAAAAGGGUCGAAUUUGAAACCAAGGACACAUUAUCCGUUCUUCUUCAAGAAGGGCCAGCGGAUCCGCAGCACAUCAGUGGAUCUCCAUACGCAGUCCACGAUCUACUGGAUAUGCAAGGCCUCAACAAUGAUUUUGGUACCCCGGAUCAUAGGAAGCGAAAAGAGCGCGAGGAGGAUGAGGGAGAAACGAGGGUAGAGGAGCCGGCCAAGAAGCGUCGUCGGGCUCGGUAG